GUCUUCUUGUUUCCGCGGUAGUUUCCGCCGGUUGCGGGACAGUAACUGCUGUGGCUGCAUCAUGGCGUCCUUUGGGACCCUCGCCUUCGAUGAAUAUGGCCGCCCUUUCCUCAUCAUUAAGGAUCAGGACCGCAAGUCUCGUCUUAUGGGACUUGAGGCCCUCAAGUCUCAUAUAAUGGCAGCAAAGGCUGUAGCAAAUACAAUGAAAACAUCACUUGGACCAAAUGGGCUCGAUAAGAUGAUGGUGGAUAAGGAUGGCGACGUGACCGUAACUAAUGACGGGGCCACCAUCUUAAGCAUGAUGGACGUCGAUCAUCAGAUCGCCAAGCUGAUGGUCGAACUGUCCAAAUCACAGGAUGAUGAAAUUGGAGACGGAACCACAGGAGUGGUUGUCCUGGCUGGUGCCCUGCUGGAAGAGGCUGAGCAGCUGCUGGACCGCGGCAUCCACCCCAUCAGGAUCGCUGACGGCUACGAGCAGGCCGCCCGCAUCGCUAUCGAGUACCUGGACAGGAUCAGCGAUAGCGUCCUCGUCGACAUGAAGGACACCGAGCCCCUGAUCCAGACCGCGAAGACCACGCUGGGCUCCAAAGUGGUUAACAGCUGUCACCGACAAAUGGCCGAGAUUGCCGUGAACGCCGUCCUCACUGUGGCCGACAUGCAGCGCAGAGACGUUGACUUCGAGCUCAUCAAAGUAGAAGGCAAAGUGGGCGGGAGGCUGGAGGACACCAAGCUGAUCAAGGGCGUGAUCGUGGACAAGGAUUUCAGUCACCCGCAGAUGCCCAAACAAGUGGAAGAUGCUAAGAUUGCCAUCCUAACAUGUCCGUUUGAACCGCCGAAACCAAAGACGAAACAUAAGCUGGAUGUGACGUCUGUAGAAGAUUUUAAAGCCCUUCAGAAAUAUGAAAAGGAGAAGUUUGAGGAGAUGAUUCGGCAGAUUAAAGAAACUGGCGCUAACCUAGCCAUUUGCCAGUGGGGCUUUGACGACGAAGCAAAUCACUUACUUCUUCAGAAUAACCUGCCUGCGGUUCGUUGGGUCGGAGGCCCUGAAAUCGAGCUGAUCGCCAUCGCCACGGGCGGCCGCAUCGUCCCGAGGUUCUCAGAGCUCACGGCCGAGAAGCUGGGCUUUGCGGGUCUUGUGAAGGAGAUUUCAUUCGGGACCACUAAAGACAAGAUGCUGGUCAUCGAGCAGUGCAAGAACUCCAGAGCCGUCACCAUUUUCAUCAGAGGAGGAAAUAAGAUGAUCAUCGAGGAAGCGAAACGAUCCCUUCACGACGCUCUGUGUGUCAUCCGGAACCUCAUCCGUGACAACCGUGUGGUGUACGGCGGAGGCGCUGCCGAAAUAGCCUGUGCUCUGGCCGUCAGCCAGGAGGCCGACAAGUGUCCGACCUUGGAGCAGUACGCCAUGAGAGCCUUCGCCGACGCUCUGGAGGUCAUCCCCAUGGCCCUUGCCGAAAACAGCGGCAUGAAUCCCAUCCAGACUAUGACCGAAGUCCGAGCCAAACAAGUGAAGGAGAUGAACCCUGCCCUCGGGAUUGACUGUAUGCACAGGGGAACAAACGAUAUGAAGCAACAACACGUCAUAGAAACCUUGAUUGGCAAAAAGCAACAGAUCUCUCUUGCAACACAAAUGGUUAGAAUGAUUUUGAAGAUUGAUGACAUCCGUAAGCCUGGAGAAUCUGAAGAAUAAAAAGAGAAUUUAGAAUAAAACUUAGAAGUAAGAUCCACUACUGUGAUUAAAUAAAUGGGUGUCUUGUGGUGCAUCUACA